AUGCUUCCCGCCCACGACGGAUCUACGGCUUCAAUGUCAGGCGCCGCUAUCAAGAAUAUUCUGAAAUCAAAAGGAGCUGACGUAAGCGCUCCCUCGGUGUCAAGAAUGAAGAAGCGGCAACUUGUUGUGUCGUCGACCAAAUCUGGCGCGCUCUCGGAUUUAGUCCCCAAGUUGUUGGAGCGACGUACAGACCGUCAAGUUGCAGCCGAGAUGUGUGAAUUUACCCCGCUACUCGAGGGAGCGUACAGCGUCUUAUUCAAGGGACCUGUUGUUGCCAUACCAGGAUAUGGGCACCCAGACCGUGUUGUGGAUCUGCCGGCGCAAGCGUGCACGUGCGGCAAUUGGCAAGACCAGAUGUUCCCUUGUGUCCACGCAAUUUGCGCUGCUUCGAAAGACGGCCGCCGGAUCGAGGACUUGUACGACGCUAAGCGAAUGUCGAUCGAGCACUUUCGCGCUACGUACACUUUCAAAUUUCUUCCUUGGCCGACAACAGCAAACCUUACAUCGGGACGACACAAUCCACCCCCCACAACUUGA